CAGGCAUGCAAGUGUGUGUGCAUUAUUAUUACGCAGUGGUGAAAAAGAAUCGAGAAUUGAGUAUUCCAUUAGUCUCAGUAUUGUUCAGUGUAAGUUGCUUGGCUUUCAAAUUUUGCUUUUCGUUUGAAAUUUGUUUUAGCUAAAUUUUAAACGAUGAAAGUUUUAUUCGUCUGCUUAGGUAACACUUGUCGCUCACCUAUGGCGGAGGCUGUCCUAAAAGAUUUGAUCAACAAAAAGCAGCUGCUGAAUUGGCACACGGACAGCGCCGGAUUACGAGAUUGGAAUGUGGGCAUGCAGGCGCAGGGACGUGCACAAACAUUGCUGCAUCAACAGGGCCUAAAGACGGACCAUAUUACUCGCGCAAUAACCGUAGAGGAUUUUUAUAAUUUUGAUAUUAUUUUCGGCAUGGAUGAUAACAAUAUGACGGAGCUGAGACUCAUUGACGAGCAACUGGAGCCGCCGGCAAAGUGCCAAAUAAAACUCCUGGGCAGCUAUCUGAAUCCCGAGCAAGAUCAGAUUAUUAGAGACCCAUAUUUUACCAAAGGCAUGGCGAGCUUUUAUACGGCGUACAUGCAAAUCAAGGAGAGCUGUGAGCGCUUCGUAGAGCUACAUAGGGAUGCGGCAUAAAUUCCUAUUACUACUACUACUAUUACUAUUAUUUAAUACUAUUUAUAAAAUUGCAUAAGUUUGAAUUGAAUUAUGAUUUGAAUCUCCGCCCGCUGUUAUCUGCGCCAAAAGCAAUGUAAUUUAACUGCCUAAUUGUUUAAAAUUAAUUUUUUGUUUAAUUAGUUUUGGUUUUCUGUUUUUAUAUAACUAAUUAUAUUUCAAUUUAUAUGACUACUCUCGAAAGUAAACACCAACAUCUCUUCCCAUUGCAUUCACCCACUCAAUGACAGCUGCAAAAUAAACAACAAAUAAUAUCUA